AAGGCCGGCACGGCACCCGAGUGAGCGGGUGGCCAACGCAAAGACAAAGAUCCCCCCUAUAGCGUCUUUACCACACUGCUGGAGAGAGUGAUGUUCGUGAGCACCUAUGCAGAAGGCCGGCACGGCACACGAGGGGGUGGGUGGCCAGCACCACGCACACAGACACACUCACUCUCCUCCCCACCUUCCUCUCGCUCUCUGACACCACGCUCCAUCCCCUCCCUCCCCCCUCUCUCUCCUCCCUCCUGCCUUCGCGCCCAGUUGAAAUGAGCUCAUGUGUGAGAGUGUGAGACUAAGCGAGCGUUCGGGGAGAGAGAUCACCGUUUGCUAUGACGGUCUCUUGUUUUGUUUUGACUGCCGACCGUCCAGGCGCGCGCACAUUUGCUCCAUGACUCCAAGCAGGACCUCUCUGUCUGCCAAGGCGAACAGCAAAAUCACCAACAUCCUCACCGACAUCAUCAUCAUCAUCUGCUGCUGCCGCUGCAUCUCGCCGAACAGAACAGCGGCCCUGGCUAUAAUUCCGCACGCGUUCAGAGAAGAUUACAGAGCGGACAAGGACUCGCUGGUGCGGCUGAAGAGCCUCGUACGGGACAGGCAGGGAGCACAGCGGGAGGAGGAGGAGGAACGCGGCCGUGCUGUCCGUCGCUCCUGAAUUCAUGCACUCAUAUGAAGAUACUCAGCCCAGAACAGGCUGCAGAGAUGCGCAUCAAGGCUGCGUUCAGCACAGCGCGGGUCUGGCUGCCUCUACUCACACUGGGCUUCUGCGGAUUUGCACACAAGCUUUCAGCCCCGAUGGGCCGACUACGGGCGCCCCCGUUCAUGCGCUCGUGGCGCUCGUUCUGCAACAGCGACCGUGGAGCUCGCUACGAGACGCGUCUCAGUAAACACGCGAGAAAGAGACAACGCACCGGACGGCCCUCAACGAGAAAUUAUGCGCAGUCGGCAGCAGAGAGGCUCCGCGCUGCACAGUGCGGCACGUGGCUCCGCAACCCCAACGGGGGGUCCUUCUCCUCCUCCAACUACCCUGGAAACUACCCCCCCGACAAGGAGUGCAUCUACAUCCUGGAGGCCCCGCCGCGGCAGCGCACGGAGCUGCACUUCGACGAGCCGUACUCAGUGGAGCCGUCGUGGGAGUGCAAAUUCGACCACCUGGAGGUGCGCGACGGCCCCUUCAGCUUCUCACCGCUCAUCGGCCGCUUUUGCGGCACCGAGCGCCCCCCGCCCAUCACUUCCAACGGCCGCUUCAUGUGGAUCAAGUUCUACUCCGACGGCGAACUCGAGUCCAUGGGCUUCCGCGCUUAUUACACCUUCCUGCCCGACCCAGAUUUCAGCCACAUGGGCAGCAUCAUCCACCCGCUCCCAGCGUGUGAGUUUGAAGUCAGCGGCGCAGAGGGAAUCCUCAAGUCAGCACAGCUCGAAACCGAGAGCAAGGCAACGGCCAACGAAGCCAUCGACUGCUUUUGGACUAUCCGGGCCACCCCCAAUUCACGGAUCUACCUGCGCUUCCUCGACUACCAGAUGCACCACUCCAACGAGUGCAAGCGCAACUUCAUCGCCGUGUACGACGGCUCGCGGCUCAUCGACAACCUAAAGGCAAAGUUCUGCAGCACGGUGGCGAGCGAUGUGAUGCUGCAGUCGGGCCUGGGCGUCGUGAGGAUGUGGGCUGACGAGGGCAGCCGCACCAUGACGCACUUCUCCAUGCUCUUCACCUCCUUCCUCGACCCCCCGUGCGAUGGCAGCAUGUUCUUCUGCCACAGCAACAUGUGCAUCAACAGCUCGCUUGUGUGCAACGGCGUGCAGAACUGCGUCUACCCUUGGGACGAGAAGCACUGCAAAGAGAAGCGCAAGGGCAGCCUCUUCCAGCAGAUGACAACCACCAACGGCACGCUUAUCGGCGUCUGCUCGGGCCUCGUGGUGGUGCUCAUCGUGAUCUCCGUCUACGUGCAGCUCAAGCAGCCGCGCAAGAAGCUUCUCCCGCAGCGUGGGACGAGUGCCGGGGCCUGCGGCGGUGCCGCCAGCGGCUCGGGCAGCACUGAUGCCGCCUGCCUGCAGGAGGUCCUGGAGCCCCCCCUCUACGACCUCUUCUCCGCCGCCAAGCCCAGUGGGGGGCCGGCACGUGACGGCAGAGGGGACGGCGCACGCAACCACGGCACGGGCACGCUGACCGGCUGCCGGCACGACUCCGUCACCAUGCUGCAUGGCCAAGCAUCUUCUUCCGCCGCUGGCGCCUUCGCCGAAACCUUCUCCACCACUAUUGGCGGUGGCGGGGCACAGGCGGGUGCGGCGUGUGAGCGCAGAGAACUUCACCGGUGCGCGUCGCUCACGCGUUGCGUGCACGAGCACCACUGCGGCUCCGGCCGGCCGGGCACCCUGCCCUCCUCCUCCUCGGCCGCGGUGGCCAUUGGUGGCAGUGGUGGCGGCGCCGCGUGCAUGGCCCGCAGCACGCUUAGCUUGCGCGACCUGAUAUUGCGUCAGGAUGCGCCACACAUGUGCACUGCGUCGGGGGUCGACUGCGGUCACGUCGACCGCCGGAUGGCGUGCAGUGGCGGAGGAGGCGGCAGCAACAGCGCGAGCGUCAGCGGCAGCAGCAGCAGCGGAGGCGGAGUCCGAACAGGUGGAGGAUUUGGGGUUCAUGCCGCCCAUCGGCUGCCUGGCAGUGCCAUGCAACAGCACCACCACCAUCACCACCAUCAACAAGACCUGCUACACCACCAAGACCUCCACCAUCACCACCACCAGGACCUGCUCAGCCAGGAGUUUCUUCACCACCAAGACGUCCACCAGCACCACCAUCAUCACCACCAGCAACAGCAGCAUCAGCAGGACCUUCACCAACAUCACCACCAGCAGCAACAGCAUCAUCAUCAUCAGCCGCACCACCACCAUCACCACCACGAGCAGCAGCAGCAGCACCAGCAGCAGCACAUGGCACUGUCGGCGCACUCGCUGCACGCGUUUCAGUCGCCGGGGGCAAGCGGGCCCGCCGAGGGCCGUGGCCGCAAGAGGAUAUUCACGGUGAAGCGCGGCCUCCCGCUCCCGCCCCACCGCGGCGACCCAGCAAACGACCCCCGCGAGCCGGAGGUGGACGACGAGAGCGAGUGCGAGUGUGACGAAUGCUCGUGUGAGUGUGACGGCCCCGUGCUGCGCUCUGCCUCCAUCCACUUUUAAGCUGCCGCAACCGCCGCCGUUGUGGUGGCGCUGCUCGACUCCUCGUUCUCCGCAGUCCCGUUAUCCGCGUCGCCGAUGAUCGCCACGUUUUUUUAUUAAUCACUUUUUUAUGGUGGUGGUGGUCCUGGUUACUUAGUGGCUCUGUAAACACCGGGAAUGAAAAGUAGCCACGGAUCUAAUACUGCCCUGGUCAGAACCCUAACUAACUAACCGACCAGGCAAACCACUUUCAAGUACUAGCCCCUAUUCUGACCAUAACCGACUAGGCAACCUGACAUUAUUACUAGCCUUCCCAGUGACCAUAACGCUAACCCAGUGACCAACCAAAUGCUAGCCCUAACCAAAUAGCCAACCAGACACCAGUACUCGGUCUGUAACUGACACCCUAACCCCACCAUUCACAUUUCGUCGGACCUUACUGCAGUUCACAGUGCAGUAAUGGCGCACGGAGCUCUGCGCUUUGAGCUGUCGACGUACCAUCCCUUCAGAACUGAUAAAAAUGAGCACCACUUUGUGAAAAUUCAAAGGGUGGUUCCCUCGAGAGAAUGGCCCCUACCACAGGAACGUGGGCUUUCCACCACUGGCUCUGAGCACUGCACAGAGUUCGUUUGAGCAGGGAGAGGUGACCGGGUCACUAUGAAAUCAGAUUGUUGUGCCGACACUGAAGCGAACCUGGGUUCGAAUCCAGGUUGCAGUCGCCCAUGAUUUAGCUGGCUUUUUACAUGUAGCGGGUUGAUGUUCUCAAACCAGUCAUCAAUGGCUGCACUAAAAAAAAUCAUACUAAUUUAGUUUUGGCCUUAAUUCAACUAAAUUCCAGCUCCGAUAACAUUGAAAAGUAUCGGUCGCACCGUCAAGCGACAAACGAAAAUAUGAUGCCCACCUCUUGUGGAUAACGAGGUGACUUCAAGACAUUUGGGAAGCAGUUCUGCGUGCCCUCCUGCGUACAAAUGUAAUUAAUUUGCUAGUCGCCUGUGGCUUCAAUAACGUCACCCACCGAUGGCUUUACUUGAACUGAACAACUCUAGCUCAACUGCAUCACACACGCAACAGGCUUUAGCUAUUUGCCCCUGCAAUAUGCAAAUGAGCACAUUUUAAUUUGUCUUCGUUGCUCGGCAACAGAGAUGAGCGCUGCCCCGUCGCGCGCCAGAGCUCACGGGACACUUCGCCUUUUGACUCCCGAGUCUGCUAAUUAAAAUCCUUCCCUAUUUAAUCUAAUCAGUUUUGUUUUGCGACACCAAAACAGCCGAUAAUAGAAAGGGAAAAAAAACUGCUUGGAUAUCAGCCGUUUACAAAUCCCCACAGUGUUUUAAUUCAAGGCCUCGCAUCGUAACAUUUGAUCUCCGACUGACUCCAAGCUCAGUGAAACUGCUCUGACAAUGUAACGCGGUGAAGUAAAGUGAACCAGACAAUACGGCACAAUCACAGCAAUGCCCGUGGCUCCUCGGUGGCCGCCCUAGGCUCAAGCAAACCAAGCAAAAUAUUCAGGGCACAAGUAGCACAAGGUGCCCUCGAAUCAUGGCAUUGUCGCAGCGAAUCUUUCCAUGGCCUAGCCCCAUCUUAUAUUGCCUCUCUCAUCUCCUUGCAUGUCCCCUCUCGUCCUCUUCAUUCCCAAUUUUCUGUCUCUCUCUCUGUCCCUCCUCCUCUCCGUGCCCAGUCCCAUUUUCGGUUCUUUUCCCUCCUUGCACUUCUCCACUGGAAUCAACUUUCCUUGUACAUAAAGCCUCACCCCUUCUAUAUUGCCCAUUCUCUUACCUCCCCUCAUCCCUCCACUCCUUCGCGUCCCUCCCCUCCCCUUUUGUGAUCCCUAAAUACAGUAAAACCUUGGAUUGCGAGCAUAAUUCAUUCCGGAAACGUGUUUGCAAUCCAAGCACUCGUAUAU